AUGAAUCUUGGAAAAAUCGGCAGUGUGCAGCUACAUCAUUUCUGUGAUGCAUCCACAAAGGCGUUUGCAGCCGCUUCUUACUUGAGGAUACAAGAUGUGUCGGGAUCACUCACUGUGCUCUCAUACUGGAGUUGUCGCAGCAGUCCUGGCAGCACAUCAGAUGCAAAAUUGCGGAAGGAGCUCUCUUUGCCUAUUGAUGACUCCGUGUUCUGGACUGAUAGUACUAUUGUUCUGCAGUACAUCAAAAACACCUCCCGUCGAUUCCACACAUUCGUUGCGAAUCGAGUGGGGAUUAUACACAAAAAUUCAUCUCCCCAACAGUGGAGACAUGUAAGAUCAGAGCUCAACACAGCUGAUUCUGCUUCCAGAGGUCUAUCAGCUAUAGAGUUAAUGCAAAGAAAGGAUUGGAAGGAAGGGGCAGAAUUUCUCCUCUUACCUGAAACCUCCUGGCCUCUUCCACCAGAACUUCCUGGGAUUUCAAAUGAUGAUCCUGAAGUUAAGAAUAUGACAAUCAUUUGCAGCUGGCGCAAUAAAGUCGCACCUGUGGACCCACUGUUUGAGCGAUAUUCAUCGUGGUAUAAGCUGCAGCGAAUUGUAGCAUGGCUACGUAGAUUCUGUUCAGCAUGCAGAAAAAAGUGUUCACACCAGGACUCUAACCUCAGCGUUAUGGAGAUCCAAGCGGCGAGGAUGGUUAUCAUCAGACAAGUGCAAAUGACCUGCUUUGCUGAAGAGUUGGACAUAUUGAAGAGAAGAAAAAAUUUGAAGGGCAUGUUACGUGUAGGUGGACGGAGAGUCGAUGAAUAUAUCGACCAGAAUUCUAAAAGGCCGCUGAUCUUACCGAAAGAUCAUCCUGUAACCGCCUUAAUAGUUCAAGACAUUCAUGUGUUCCAUGCGAGGCACUCUGGCAGAGAACACACCUUAGCAGAAUUACGGAGGAAAUAUUGGAUAGUGGCGGGUAGGCCUUUAGUCGACCGAAUACUACGUAACUGUUUCACCUGCCGGAGAGUAAAUAGCAAACCCCUGACUCAGAGCACCAGGGCUGUCCAUAUUGAACCCUUGAAGUCUCUAGAUGCUAGCACCUUUCUCAACGCACUUAUGUGCUUUAUAGCCCGUAGAGGAACCCCUAUGAAGAUCUACUCCGAUAGAGGAACAAACUUCUUGAGGCUGAAAAGGAGCUCCGAGCAACAGUUUCAUGCCUAG